UUCUCAUACUAUUUAGUAUUUGAUUAAAUCUAGAAACAUUCGUCGACUCGACUCAACCACAGACGGAUGUCCUCCGUAUCUGACAGCUAAAUUAUUUUUAGUUUUUUGAAGAGAACAAAAUCUGGCGUUUAAAGUACCUAUAAAGAAAAAAAAGUGGAACCAUUUGAUUAAAACUCAUCAGUGAUUGUUGGAUAUAACUUUAAAAGUCUAUUAUGGAGUCACAACCUAUGGAACAAAGUUGUGAGCCGCCAUCAAAAUCAUUUAUUUUUUCAGCUCCUAUUCCUGCAGUAAAUCUUGUUGAAAAGCCAGCUGAAAUUAAACCGAUACCUUUAAGAAAUGGCAAACCUUUGGUUGAAUUUACUCCAGAAAUGAAUUCUUCUCAACGACAAGCAGUGAUUAUAGCUAAAAUGAAUGAACUGCAGGAUGAGUAUCGUGAAAUCCUAAAACUAAGAAAAAGAAUUAUAAAAAGGAUUAUGAAAAGGAAAAGGAAAAUGGUGAAUAACAAUACUGAUAAAAAUAUCAUUUCUAAGCGAAAAAAUUAACCGCUGCAAAGCUCUUAUUACCUAUUUAAAGUAAAUGAA